UGUGAAGUCAUCACGUGACGGAAUAUAUCAACUGAGUACUCCUCCUACUAUAAAUGUACCGUUGUCCUGGCUGCGUGCUCUUUCUGGGGAAUAAGGGUGCAUCGUUUUAGGGUUGGGACUACAGACAGGAGCGUUAACAUCACACAGAUCAUGGCAGACCAGGCAUUUGUCACGUUGGCCACCAAUGACAACUACUCAAAGGGAGCAAUGGUGCUCGGCAGAUCCCUGCGUAACCAUAAAACAUCCAGGAAGCUGGUAGUGUUGAUUGGCCCCCAUGUGACUGAACCAGCCAGGGAAGUGCUCCAAAAGAUCUAUGAUGAGGUCCGGCUAGUGGAUUUGCUGGAUAGCAGGGAUGCAGCCCACCUGUCCCUGAUGAAGAGGCCAGACCUUGGUGUCACCUUCACCAAGCUCCACUGUUGGACACUGACACACUACUCCAAAUGUGUCUUUAUGGACGCCGACACACUGGUGCUGUCGAAUGUGGACGAGCUGUUUAAUCGUGAGGAGCUGUCUGCUGCUCCAGACCCUGGCUGGCCAGACUGCUUCAACUCCGGCGUGUUUGUGUUCCGGCCUUCCAACGAAACCUACGAGCAACUCAUCCAGGUCUGCACUAAGGAUGGCAGCUUUGAUGGUGGGGACCAGGGAGUUCUCAACAGCUUUUUCAGCAACUGGGCGACUGCGGACAUAACAAAGCACCUUCCCUUCAUCUACAAUCUCAGCAGCAUAGCCAUCUACUCUUAUCUCCCAGCAUUCAAGCAGUAUGGCAGCGAGGCAAAGGUGGUCCACUUCCUGGGUAAGAUGAAGCCAUGGAACUACUCGUACGACACUGCAACGAAAAGCAUCAAGGGGCAUUCACAGGACCCGUCCACGCUUCACCCCGACUACCUUCUGAGGUGGUGGGACAUCUACUCUGGCUCCGUGCUACCAAUGAUGAAGGAACAGUAUGGGAGCCAGGCCUUCUAUUCUGGAUGCGAGGACUCUUUCAUCGAAACGGCAUCUCCUCAUCCAGCAGUCAUUUGUGACCGCUAUAAGGAUGAAAUUCACAACGGGAUGUCCAAAAUCCACGUCUCCGCACCCGCAGCCCCCAGCAUCUCCUCAGAAGAACGCAAGCAGAAGUGGGAACAAGGCCAAGCAGACUACAUGGGAAUGGACAGCUUUGAAAACAUACAGAGGAAGCUGGACUCUUUCCUAAAUUAAAAGGGAAAGGGGGUGGGGGAGGGUGAAAAUGGAUCGAGAGAGCAUUUGCAGUUACACAAAUUUAGAUUUUGGGGGAAAUGCGGUCAAAUUUCAGGUGGUCUACUGUGUUGGCAGUUGGCUCUUAUUAAAAAUGGUUCAAUGCAGUGUGAAUUCAUUAAUCACUGCAGUACAUUGGUGGAGGUAGUGCUACGAAGGAUAAAUGACUUUUAAACCUUUUAGCAGUACAUUGUAACCAUGUGGUAUGCUGUACUGUAUGUAGUUAGAAGCCCCUCCUCCUCUUUCUCAAAUACCUGCAUACUGUGAGGCAAGAAUUUGCCAACAUUGGACAUCAGUAACAGAACCUAGGCUUAGAACCUAGUGUUGCAUCAUGUAUUGACAAGGCAUUGAUAUUCAAUUAUAAUGAUGGUGAGGAAAUGUUCUGUCUCACGAGAGGAGUGCUCUGAUUAGAAGCUAUUGGAGGGGAAAAAGUGAAACCCCCUUUUAAACAGGAAUGACAGAGUAGUAAGUUCCUGUAAGAUUGCCUGUGAUGUCUUGUUCUGUGAGUUGUAUGGGUUAAGAGAACGCACGUCCCGAGCCUUGAAAACGUGAACACCUCUGUACAGUAUUUUGCAUGUUUGUACCAAACAGCUUGAAGGAAACCUAUUGUAUCGCUAUUCCCAGUUUAAAUUCAAGAAAAAAGUAAUUUCUUUAAUUUUCUCCAAGUCAAUCAUGCAAUACCCACAUAGAAAGGUGAUGGCAGCCUUAGUUUUAGCAAUGUUUGCAUCACACCUUACCUGCUGCUACAAUCACUCCUUUCAAAACUUUUUACCCCCUGCUUUUGUUUGCUUUUGCAAUUACACUCCAUGUUUUGGAGGACUUAAGUUUGAUAUUUUGCUGGUCUUCUCCCAAGUAUGACACUGUACACGCAGAUAGCGCUUGUUCUUAGUUCCCUUAUGGGGGAAAAAAUGAAACUACUGGAGUAUUUAACCUUGCUUGUAGCACUGGCCAUGUACCUGCAAAAUUAAAAAAAACUAGUGUUGUGAA